AGCAGCUAAUCGCAUUCGCACGGUUAACGCACUCCCGCUUUUCGGAGAGUAAUUGUAUACGCGAUCGUCGGUCGGCAUUCAGCCUACUGGCCUACUUUCUCUUAUUUAAAGUAAUUAUUAGAAUUGACUUUUGUUUUAAGAUAAGCCUUAUAUACAGUGUUAUUUAUAAGUAUAUAUAUCUGCAUUCGAUCUGCACAGCUUAGUCGCUGAAAUUGUUUGGAGAAGAGAGCACACACAAAUAAAAAAUGUAUUACUGCAACUUUUGUCUAUAUAUAGGACUGUUAUGUCUUGCUGCUGGACCGCUGGCCGAGGCCUGGGUGGCGCGCGCUAAUUAUCAUAACGAUGCACAUCCUGGCAAAUGCGUGGUGAGUGAUACGCUCAUUCUCUCACCCGGUGAGAAAGCGAAAUCGCCCACCUCUUGUUCGGUAAUUCAUUGUGGCAGUGAGGGGCAUGCCACCAUUCAUGGCUGUGGCGCUGUUGUCCCACCAGAGGGUUGCAAAUGGGGCGAUUAUGUGAAUAAAGAUGCUCCUUUUCAGGAGUGUUGUGCCCGACACUUGGUCUGCGAAGGUGGCUUGACGGCUGAGACGCGCCAUUAUGAAAAACACAUUUGGGACAUGUUCUCACGCAGUUCGAAGAAUACUGCGGACGAUUAAGAACGCAAUGUUUUGAAGUAAAGUAAUGGUUUUGAGUAAUGGUUGUAUUUAUCAAAUUAAAUGUAAUGCUAAAGCAAUGAAGUGAUUAUAUAUUUUUUAUUGGAAAUUGUGGUAUUUAUAUUUGUUUGGGUAAUAUAAGAUAAUAAUAUAGUAACUGGUGAUUUCUGCAUAAA